GAAGAAAAAGAAGAAGAAGAAGAAGCAGCAGAAGCAGGUCUGCGCUGGGAGUUGGGUGGAUCAGGAAGUGGAGGAGACCAGGACUAGCACCAGAACCGACCAGAACACCAACCCGGAUACAGAGCAGCACACCGACCACAAUAUAGACCAGAACACCCAGACCCGGGGACCAGAGUCCGUGACAUAGAAGAAGAAGAUGAGUGGGGGAGUUAACAGCAUCGAUGCCGUAAAGAAGAAGAUCAAGGUGCUGCAGGAGCAGGCUGAGGAGGCGGAGGACAGGGCGGAGAAACUGCAGAGGGAGGUGGAGAAGGAGAAGAAGAGCAGAGAGGAGGCAGAGCAGGAUGUGACGACUCUGGGUCGUCGUCUCCAACUCAGUGAGGAAAACCUGGACCGAGCUCAGGAGAGACUCACCGCUGCCCUCCACAAACUGGACGAGGUGGAGAAGACCGCCGACGAGAGCGAAAGAGGUAUGAAGGUGAUAGAGAACAGAGCUCUGAAGGACGAGGAGAAGAUGGAGCAGUUGGAGGUUCAGCUGAGAGAAGCCAAACAGAUCGCAGAGGAGGCCGACCGCAAAUAUGAGGAGGUGGCUCGUAAACUGGUGAUGGUGGAGGGAGAACUGGAACGAGCUGAAGACAGAGCUGAGCAGGCCGAGAGUAAAUGUCGAGUGUUGGAGGAGGAGCUGAAAACUGUCUUCACUGGUUCAAAGUCCCUGGAGGCCCAGGCUGAGAAGUAUUCUCUGAAGGAGGACCGGUAUGAAGAGGAGAUCAAGAACCUGAGUGGAAAACUCAAAGAGGCUGAGACCAGAGCAGAGUCCGCAGAGCGUUUGGUUGCCAAACUGGAGAAAACCAUCGACGGCCUGGAAGAUUCUUUGACUUCGGCCAGGAACGCUAACAUGGAGCUUCACACGACUCUGAAUCAGACCAUGGAGGAACUCAACUCCUGCUGAGCCUCCUCCUCCCCAGGGCUCCUCCCUCUGCUCCUCCCACUGAUCCCUCUGAUUGACAGGGAACUUUUUUGUGGCCAAUAUGUCCCUAUUACUCCUUCAACCUGCACCUCCUGCUGCUGACCUGUUACUCGCCCUGGUGGAUGUUGAGGAGAUCAGGGUCAAAGUCUGUGGCCAAAACCUUCCUCCCCCACUGCUCCUCCCCCUCCUCUUCCUCUGCUCCUCCUCCUCUGGUCCUUUCCUCACUUUUUACCUCCCCCUGCUGUGUGGGUGUCAGGAAACUUAGUGGCUCAAACAUUCCUUCCUCUGCUCCUCCUCCUCUGGUGGAUGUGAGUGAGGUUGUCGGGGGGGGCGUUCCCUUUUCCAUCUCUCAUAGUGACCUUUGCUUUCACACAUUCCUUCUCUGAACUUCGUCACAUUUCAGGUGUUGCUUAACCCCCCCCCCCCCCCCCCCCAGUAUUACAAGCAGCUGGAUGUUUUGUCUUUAAAGAUUAACAGCGACUUACAGACUUACGACAGUUUCCUCAUGAAGAACUAAUGAAACUAAUCAAGUGUUUGUCUGAACGUUUUCUUUGCAACUAUAAUUAAUGAUUGAUUGAUUGAUUAGAGCCAAUGAUUUAUUAGUUUAAUGUCUCAACACACAGGCAUUCCACUGCCAUGUAACCCAGGGGCCAAUGAAAGUCCAGUAGCCAGUCAUGAUGUCAUCACUGUGUUGAUGUCACAACUUUUAUAAAUUAAAAGCAUCGUCACUGGUUUGUAGAUCUGAA